CAACCUAUGUUCAAAAGCUGUGUGACAUGGGCAAGCUACUUAAUCUUUCUGAGCCUCAAUUGACCGUCUAUAAAAUGGGUCAUUGAUCACUGCCUCAUAUAGCUGUUGGGAGAAUGAAGUUAGGUUGUUUGUAUAGAGUGUCUGGCACCUAGCAAUGUUCAAUAAUGAUAGGGGUGUGGGGCUGUUUCUGUUCAAGGCCAAGGUCAGGGCCCUCUCCACUCCACUCCUAAUCCCAAAAGAGAAAAAUGAAAAAUAGGUUCCAGUGCCUUCACUCCAACCCCCAGUAUAAUAAAGACAGAAACACCUUUAGCCCCCAGUCCCCUCCUCCCCCCCAAAGUAUGGGUGCAGGGGUGCCAGUGACUGUCAGUUUCCCUCAUCUCCUCCUUGGUCCUGCAACUUCCCACUAUAUUUCUCUGGAAUCAGCUGUGGCCAGAGGGAUAUUAGUGAAAGCCAGGCCAAGGUCUCUGGGGUCUUGGUUCAAGUGUAGAGGCUGCAGAGGUGGGAGAAGUACAGAGAAGAAACCCCAGUCAGAGUCCCAGAAGGCAGGCAGCCUGUUGGGGGUAGCCAGGUGGGAAAUCACUCAGCCAUAGAAGAGCCUCUACCCUCCCCCAGGAGGUCAGACACCGUCAGGAAUUUCCCAGGGCCCUUCGCCUCGGGUCAGCGGGUCAGAGUUAGCAGGGCCACCGGGCCUGAGGGCCUGAGGAGUUUGAAGAAACCUGGCUUUGGCCUAAGUGGCUUGGGGGAAGGGAAGGUGGCGCGGAGGAAGGGGACUCGAACCUGUGAUGGCUGGAAGUCCUCUGGGCAGUGUGGCCGGACCUGGGUCCCACUGGGGAGUGGCAGCCUCCUCGUCACCCGCCUGCCCCGGCAGCCCUGACAUUGGGGAACAAAAGCAUUCGGUUCCUGUAGCAACGGCGGCUCCAGCUGCUGCAAAGUUCCGGGGAGGCGGGCGGAGGGCGGCUGAGUCACCGCCCCCUCCCCCGCCGCCCGCGCGGCACCGCCCCCAGGGGCUGAGGGCUGCCCCUUGUCCCCCUCCCGGUUCUGCCCGCGUUUUCCUGCUUAAGGAGGAACCCCCUUCCCCAAGAGAGCGACCCUCUCUGGCAGUUGGAGCGGCAGGGCUGCACAGAGGGGGUCGCGCCCUCCCCUCGGCCCAGUCCCCCAGCUCCGGAGGCAGGAUGGAGGGUGUGCGCCCCCCGGGGCAACAGAGCUCUGGGAGAGCAGCUCCUGAGGACCCUGUCCUCCGGUCCGAGCACUGGCAGAGGACCCGAAGGCAUCGAGUGGGGGUCCCUGCCUGCGUGGCGGCCUGGGCAGGGCGGGCGGCGAGCGCCCGGGAGGCGGAGGGGCAAGGGACAUAGGAUGACCCCAGCCUGUCCCCUCUUACUGUCUGUGAUUCUGUCCCUGCGCCUGGCCGCCGCCUUCGACCCCGCCCCCAGUGCCUGCUCUGCCCUGGCCUCGGGUGUGCUCUACGGGGCCUUCUCGCUGCAGGACCUCUUUCCUACCAUCGCCUCGGGCUGCUCCUGGACCCUGGAGAACCCUGACCCCACCAAGUACUCCCUCUACCUGCGCUUCAACCGCCAGGAGCAGGUGUGCGCACACUUUGCCCCCCGCCUGCUGCCCCUGGACCACUACCUGGUCAACUUUACCUGCCUGCGGCCUAGCCCCGAGGAGGCAGUGGCCCAGGCGGAGUCAGAGGUGGGGCGGCCAGAGGAGGAGGAGGCGGAGGCGGCAGCGGGGUUGGAGCUGUGCAGCGGCUCGGGCCCCUUCACGUUCCUGCACUUCGACAAGAACUUUGUGCAGCUGUGCCUGUCGGCUGAGCCCUCCGAGGCCCCGCGCCUGCUGGCGCCUGCUGCCCUAGCCUUCCGCUUUGUCGAGGUCUUGCUCAUCAACAACAACAACUCCAGCCAGUUCACCUGUGGUGUGCUCUGCCGCUGGAGUGAGGAGUGUGGCCGCGCUGCCGGCAGGGCCUGCGGCUUUGCUCAGCCAGGCUGCAGCUGCCCUGGAGAGGCGGGGGCCGGUUCCGCCACCACCACAUCUCCAGGCCCUCCUGCUGCCCACACCCUGUCCAAUGCCCUGGUGCCCGGGGGCCCAGCCCCACCUGCUGAGGCCGAUUUGCACUCGGGGAGCAGCAAUGAUCUAUUCACAACCGAGAUGAGAUAUGGUGAGGAGCCGGAAGAGGAACCGAAAGUGAAAACCCAGUGGCCGAGGUCUGCAGAUGAGCCUGGGCUAUACAUGGCGCAGACAGGCGACCCGGCGGCUGAGGAGUGGUCCCCGUGGAGCGUGUGUUCCCUGACGUGUGGGCAGGGUCUGCAGGUGCGGACCCGCUCCUGCGUGUCCUCCCCCUAUGGGACCCUGUGCAGCGGGCCCCUGCGGGAGACCCGGCCCUGCAACAAUUCAGCCACCUGCCCAGUGCACGGCGUGUGGGAGGAGUGGGGGUCCUGGAGCCUGUGCUCCCGCAGCUGCGGGCGGGGGUCCCGGAGCCGGAUGCGGACCUGCGUGCCCCCCCAGCACGGCGGCAAGGCCUGCGAGGGUCCUGAGCUGCAGACUAAGCUCUGCAGUAUGGCUGCCUGCCCGGUGGAAGGCCAGUGGCUAGAAUGGGGUCCCUGGGGCCCAUGCUCCACGUCCUGUGCCAAUGGGACCCAGCAGCGCAGCCGGAAGUGCAGUGUGGCGGGCCCAGCCUGGGCCACAUGCACGGGUGCCCUCACUGACACCCGGGAGUGCAGCAACCUCGAGUGCCCGGCCACUGAUAGCAAGUGGGGGCCAUGGAAUGCAUGGAGCCUGUGCUCUAAGACGUGUGACACAGGCUGGCAGCGCCGCUUCCGCAUGUGCCAGGCCACGGGCACGCAGGGCUACCCCUGCGAGGGCACCGGAGAGGAGGUGAAGCCUUGUAGUGAGAAGAGGUGUCCAGCCUUCCACGAGAUGUGCAGGGAUGAGUACGUGAUGCUGAUGACGUGGAAGAAGGCAGCUGCUGGUGAGAUCAUCUACAACAAGUGCCCCCCGAACGCCUCAGGGUCUGCCAGCCGCCGCUGUCUCCUCAGUGCCCAAGGCGUGGCGUACUGGGGGCUGCCCAGCUUUGCUCGCUGCAUCUCCCAUGAGUACCGCUACCUGUAUCUGUCACUUAGGGAGCACCUGGCCAAGGGGCAGCGCAUGCUGGCGGGCGAGGGCAUGUCACAGGUGGUGCGCAGCCUGCAGGAGCUACUGGCCCGGCGCACCUACUAUAGUGGGGACCUGCUCUUCUCUGUGGACAUUCUGAGGAAUGUCACUGACACCUUUAAGAGGGCCACCUACGUGCCCUCAGCUGAUGAUGUGCAGCGCUUCUUCCAGGUGGUGAGCUUCAUGGUGGAUGCGGAAAACAAGGAGAAGUGGGACGAUGCUCAGCAGGUGUCGCCUGGCUCUGUGCACCUGCUCCGUGUCGUGGAGGACUUCAUUCACCUGGUGGGCGAUGCUCUCAAGGCCUUCCAGAGCUCUCUGAUUGUCACGGACAAUCUAGUGAUCAGCAUUCAGCGAGAGCCCGUCUCAGCUGUGUCCAGCGACAUCACGUUCCCCAUGCGGGGCCGCCGGGGCAUGAAGGACUGGGUGCGGCACUCAGAGGACCGCCUCUUCCUGCCCAAGGAGGUGCUCAGCCUCUCCUCCCCAGGGAAACCAGCCACAUCUGGGGCAGCAGGCAGCCCUGGCAGGGGGAGGGGCCCAGGAACGGUGCCCCCUGGCCCGGGCCACUCCCACCAGCGCCUCCUCCCAGCAGACCCCGAUGAGUCCUCCUACUUUGUGAUUGGUGCUGUGCUCUACCGCACCCUUGGCCUCAUCCUGCCGCCCCCCAGGCCCCCACUGGCCGUCACAUCGCGGGUGAUGACAGUGACUGUGCGCCCCCCUACCCAGCCUCCAGCCGAGCCCCUCAUCACUGUGGAGCUCUCCUACAUCAUCAAUGGCACCACGGAUCCCCAUUGCGCCAGCUGGGACUACUCCAGAGCAGAUGCCAGCUCAGGAGACUGGGACACUGAAAAUUGCCAGACCCUGGAGACCCAGGCAGCUCACACCCGCUGCCAGUGCCAGCACCUGUCCACCUUUGCUGUGCUGGCCCAGCCGCCCAAGGACCUGACCCUGGAGCUGGCGGGCUCCCCCUCGGUCCCCCUGGUGAUCGGCUGUGCGGUGUCAUGCAUGGCACUGCUCACCCUGCUCGCCAUCUAUGCCGCCUUUUGGAGGUUCAUAAAAUCUGAGCGCUCCAUCAUCUUGCUGAACUUUUGCCUCUCCAUCUUGGCAUCCAACAUCCUGAUCCUCGUGGGCCAGUCCCGGGUGCUGAGCAAGGGCGUGUGCACCAUGACGGCUGCCUUCCUGCACUUCUUCUUUCUCUCCUCCUUUUGCUGGGUGCUUACCGAGGCCUGGCAGUCCUACCUGGCUGUCAUUGGGCGGAUGCGCACCCGCCUCGUUCGCAAGCGCUUCCUCUGCCUGGGCUGGGGUCUGCCUGCCCUGGUGGUGGCCGUGUCUGUUGGCUUUACCCGAACCAAAGGAUACGGUACAUCCAGCUACUGCUGGCUCUCCCUGGAGGGCGGCCUGCUCUACGCCUUUGUGGGCCCUGCAGCCGUCAUUGUCCUGGUGAACAUGCUCAUCGGAAUCAUCGUCUUCAACAAGCUCAUGGCACGUGAUGGCAUCUCCGACAAAUCCAAGAAGCAGAGGGCCGGGUCGGAGCGGUGCCCCUGGGCCAGCCUGCUCCUCCCCUGCUCAGCGUGUGGAGCGGUCCCCAGCCCCCUGCUCAGCUCAGCCUCGGCCAGGAACGCCAUGGCCUCACUUUGGAGCUCCUGCGUGGUGCUGCCCCUGCUGGCGCUCACCUGGAUGUCUGCCGUCCUGGCUAUGACAGACCGUCGUUCCGUCCUCUUCCAGGCCCUCUUUGCUGUCUUCAACUCUGCGCAGGGCUUUGUCAUCACUGCUGUGCACUGCUUCCUGCGCCGAGAGGUCCAGGAUGUGGUGAAGUGCCAGAUGGGGGUGUGCCGGGCUGAUGAGAGCGAAGACUCCCCUGACUCAUGUAAGAACGGGCAGCUGCAGAUCCUGUCAGACUUUGAAAAGGAUGUGGAUCUGGCUUGUCAAACAGUUCUGUUCAAGGAGGUCAACACUUGCAACCCGUCCACCAUCACGGGCACACUGUCCCGCCUGUCCCUGGAUGAGGAUGAGGAGCCCAAGUCCUGCCUCGUGGGCCCUGAGGGCAGCCUCAGCUUCUCACCACUGCCUGGGAAUAUCCUGGUGCCCAUGGCAGCCUCACCAGGGCUGGGGGAGCCGCCGCCCCCGCAGGAGGCCAACCCUGUGUACAUGUGUGGGGAGGGCGGCCUGCGGCAGCUGGACCUCACAUGGCUGCGGCCCACUGAGCCGGGCUCUGAGGGCGACUACAUGGUGCUGCCUCGGCGGACUUUGAGCCUGCAGCCUGGCGGUGGGGGUGGAGGCGGUGAGGAUGCCCCCAGGGCUCGGCCGGAGGGGACCCCCCGGCGGGCUGCCAAGACAGUGGCCCACACUGAAGGCUACCCCAGCUUCCUGUCCGUGGACCACUCGGGCCUGGGGCUGGGCCCUGCCUAUGGGUCUCUCCAGAAUCCCUAUGGAAUGACCUUCCAACCGCCACCACCGACACCCAGCGCCCGCCAAGUGCCCGAGCCAGGGGAGCGCAGCCGGACCAUGCCUCGCACCGUGCCUGGCUCUACCAUGAAGAUGGGCUCCCUGGAGCGAAAGAAAUUACGGUAUUCAGACCUGGACUUUGAGAAGGUGAUGCACACCCGGAAACGGCAUUCAGAACUCUACCACGAGCUCAACCAGAAGUUCCACACUUUUGACCGCUACCGCAGCCAGUCCACGGCCAAGAGGGAGAAGCGGUGGAGUGUGUCCUCGGGUGGGGCGGCCGAGCGGAGCGUGUGCACCGAUAAGCCCAGCCCCGGGGAGCGCCCCAGCUUGUCCCAACAUCGGCGCCAUCAGAGCUGGAGCACCUUCAAAUCUAUGACACUGGGCUCGCUGCCCCCCAAGCCCCGAGAACGGCUGACUCUGCACCGGACAGCAGCCUGGGAGCCCACAGAACCACCGGAUGGUGACUUCCAGACAGAGGUGUGAGUGCCACGCUGGACUGCCCACUGCAUAUAAAUAUAUAUAUCUCUCUAUUUUCACACUCCACUUUGGAACUACCCAGGAGCCAGCGCCCUCUCCCCUCUCCCGAGGGCUGGGCAGGGAGGCGCCGUGGACUCAGCCAGGCUUGGGGAGCCAGACAUGGCUUGGCCUAGGGGCCCAGGGCCCUUCCUUGUUUCUCAGAGGCCCCUCAGUCACUGGAACCCCAUCUUCAGCCCAGCCUGUCCGUCCCUGUCCC